AUGAAAUAGAGUUAAGUUGGUUUGCUGACAGAGGAUCUCACUGCUGUUGGAAGUAUUGCAUCUCCUGAAAUUAAUACUCGUUAACAAUACAACAUAGAUACACCAUUCAAUCAAUGGAGUUUCUUAGCUUUCGGGAUAGCGUUGCUUUUACCUUGGAAUGCUGUGAUUGCUGCUAUGGACUACUUUGUUACAAUAUACCCUGAUCAAAAGCCUUCUUUUACUUUCUUAGUCGCUGUGAGUGUUCCAAUGCUUAUAAUGUAGAUCUUUUGUAAUUUAUUAAGAGGGUAAAUAUCUCUGAGAGUCAGUCUAACUUCAGCACUUUUCAUUAAUGGUUCUCUAACAUUGCUGACUGCAAUAAUUCCCUAAGUAAUUUCUGAUUAAAAUACUAGCUACUAUAUUAUGCUUGUGGUUGUAUUUAUUUUUGGAUGCAUGAUUGCUUUUCUUCAAACUGCAUGCUAUGGAGUAGCCGGAGUCUCAAUGAAGCUCACUACAUAAUUGAUGGUUGGAGUGGGAUUAAGUAGCAUAAUAAUGAAUGUGUUAAGAAUGAUUUUCUUGGCUACAGUUUAGAGCUAUGCUGCUGGUUAAAUUGUAUUUUUCUCGAUUUCUGGAGCUUACAUGUACCUUUGCUCUUUCCUAUCUGUUAUAUUCUUGAGAAGCUAUGAGAGGAAUUAAUUCUUAAAUGAUACUGAACAGAUAAAUAACUCUGAGCUUAAGCAGGGACCAAAUACUGGGGAUAAAAGCAUGAUUAAAAGGUUAUGGAAAGUUUAUAAGAUAAACUACCCAGCUGGGCUCUCAGUUGUACUCACAUUCGCAAUUUAAUAUACUUAUUUCCCAGGUGUGAUGCUUAUUAAGGAAUUAAGUUUCUUCACUAACUUUGCAUGGUUUGCAAGUAUUCUAAUCACUUUUCACAAUAUAUGCGAUACUAUCGGAAGAACUCUAGCCGGUAAAUAUAUAAUUGUCAGCAAAUAAAUGUAUCCAUAUGUCUGCCUAGUAAGGCUGAUAUUUAUAGUUACAUAUACACUAUUCUACAAAGGAGUGGCUCCUGGAUUCUUUUAAAGUGAUGCUUUUGUUAUAGUUAAUCUUUUUCUUUUCUCAAUAUCUUGUGGGUAUUUAGCUUCAAUCGGAAUGUAUUAUGGAAGUGAUAAAGAGUGUGGGGAUCAAGGAUUAGCUGGAUCUAUCAUGGGAUUUAAUUUAACUUUAGGAAUAUGCCUAGGAAGUUUAUUUGCUAUCACAUUAUACUCAUGA